AGUGACGUCACUGCCUUGGCACUCUAUAACAAAGCCGUGUUCGCUGCUUCCCUUUCGGACGCUUUUAAGGCGCAAAGCAAGUUUAAACAGCAGCUCUGGGAUUUCACAGACUCACUCUGCUUGAACAGAGGACCUUGUGCUGCUCUCUUGCUACACCACUUCCUCAUGAAAUGGAACAGCCUUUGUUGAUUGGCUGAGCCUCUACUCUUACAUCAGGCCCAUGAGGUAACCCCGACAGUGGUUGGUGAUGCCCUUGGCAGGGCCGUGAUGGGGCAGAGGGUCUCGGGCGUGGUGAAAUCUGCCGAGGAGUGCGAGGGGGCUGCGCUGGCAUUGCAGGUUGCCCUUGUGCCCCUUGGCAGGCAUGGACAAGGACACAGACUAGGCCACCUGUUCUCACCGCGCCUGGAACUGCUGCUGGACAUGCCUCCAGCGGACUUUGCCACUCAGCUUGAGCAUGCUUGGAACCCUGAUGACCGCUCACUCAACCUGUUCAUCAAAGAUGAGGACCGGGUGACGUUCCAUCGCCAUCCAGUAGCACAGAGUACAGACUGCGUGAGAGGUAAAGUAGGUUUCACUCGUGGCCUGCAUGCCUGGACUGUCCGGUGGCCUGUGAGGCAACGUGGCACACACGCCAUAGUUGGGGUCGCAACCUCUCGGGCACCGCUUCAUGCAGUCGGGUAUACGGCACUUGUUGGCAGCGAUGCAGAAUCUUGGGGAUGGGAUUUGGGGCGAGGCAAACUUUACCAUGACAGGAAAAGCCAAACAGGGCCAGCGGCUUCAUACCCAUGCAGCCAGAACGAGGAGGAUGAGGACACGUUCUCAGUACCUGAGGAGGUGCUGGUGGUCUUGGACAUGGACGAGGGUACACUGGGGUUUUGCGCCGAUGGACACUUCCUAGGCGUAGCCUUUCGUGGCCUCAAGGGGAGGAGGCUGUACCCGAUCGUCAGUGCAGUAUGGGGCCACUGCGAAGUCACAAUGACGUACAUCAACGGACUAGAGCCUGAGCCUCUGCCACUGAUGGAACUAUGCAGGAGAGCAGCUCGACAAGCUCUGGGCCGACAUCGCAUCCAUCACAUCCACACACUCCCCCUGCCCCAGACUCUCAAAAACUACCUGCAGUACCAGUGAGAGUCUCGCACAUGGCCCUGAACUACAGCACCAGUGACCUCAAUGCACAACGAAUUGUCCUACAGACGCUUUUUUUUUUUUUUUUUUUUUAAAGCUAGGUUCCAUUUACGCCUGAGUGAAAACAGCAGUGUAUUUUAUUUGCACCAAUUUAAUUCUUGCCAGUCCUCACCUGCUAUCUAGUAUCACCAUGAUAGUUCAUUGAGUUAGCUUCCUACAAACUUGGCUUGUCUUGAAUUGCCCACUGCAAUAGUAAGCCUAAUGUUAGUGAGCCUGCUAAGUGCACUUGGCUAGCUACUGCUGCUGGAGAGGAAAACAGCACUGUGUUUAAAGAGCUAGCUUCGCUAAUGUAAUUAUUAUAUUGUGUAAUUAAAGCCAACAUUAUUUGCUACACAGUAAAUCAAGCCAAAGAGGAGGAAGAAAGGCUAGUGAUGUCAUACUCUGUGAUUAAGUUUGUGAUUGGAAAAUCAAGCUUAGUUUAAGUUCUGACUUUGCUGAUCUAGCGAGGUCUGUCGCUCAAUGAAACCAGGAUGCAUGGACGUGUGUGUGUUUGUGUGUGCGCUACCUGUAGCUGGUUGCAAAUACACUUUCCCCCCCUCUCCAAAACUCACUUCUCCAAAAAAGCACAGCGAAUUGUAGCGUCCGAUUUUGACACUGGUGCUACGGACACUCAGUUUUGCAAUAUGUUUGGGUAAAAAGCAGAUUGAAAUGAGCGUCUUCCAUAGAUAAUUAUCAUCUGUUUGUUUAUUUUUUAUGUCACACUAAAUAUAUUUAAUUACAACUGAGCCCAUGAUAUCUUGCACCUAAACACCAGGCUGCUUUUUUUUAUUUCAAAUUUGGCUUAUCCGAGUGACUACAGUGAUUGAGGAUCUUUGUAUGUGUCUAUGAUGUGAGUGUGGGUGGUGAUUGUGUUCUUUGAAAUGGUGUAGAUUGUUGUGUAUGAGUGAAAUGAUGCAUUUUAUAGAGUUUUAACCUUCUGAGACAUGCCUGUCUUCAGUGCUUGGGACAGGGUGUGAUACUGUUCCAACAGGAAGUCCAGGGAAGGCUGUUUAUACAGAUGGAUAUAGGAAAACAGGAGAUGCCGCACUAGCCGUCGUUGCUAGUUGUUAUGAUGUGUUAAUGUGUCUGCCAUAUUGGAAGGGGCCUGAUUUGAUUGUAAUACUGGUUUGCCCUGCUCAAAUCAAAAGCGACCUGCACUGUUUUUCGCAAGAUUUUCUUUGUUACAGAUGUGAUGCAUAUCACUGAAUGUCUAUGCACUGUAGGUAUUUUAAAACUGCCGGGCGAUUGGAAUUAACCCAAGAAUUAACACUGGUCUUUAAAAUCUCCUACCCACUUAUUAACAACUAUAAUAGCCUUAUAAGAAUAGAUUAAUGUAGAAACCCCCAAGAUAGCUAUUUUUAGUUUACAUAACAUUUUAUAUAAUGUUGGGUAAAACUAAUCGUAGCUAUCGCUACAGACGAUCGUGAUUAAAUAUAUCUGACAAACACUUGCAUGAAAUUGGCACCGCAGCUAAGUCAAUUGAACAGAACAUCUGGUGCUGUGAAAGAAAAAAAAAACUUGCGCUUAUGUAAGAUGCACCUAUAUUUAAAUGCAUUACAGUGCCUUUAACCUCACUCAACUCAAAACAAAAUGAAAAAAAUCAAACUGAAGUAGUUUUUGAGUUAAGUCAAACUGGCACAAACGGAUUUAAUUUAUUUUUUCUACUGGGGACAAACUUCUCAGAGGCCAGACAAACAAAGUUAAUAGCACUUUGUCACUUCACAUUUUUGGAAAAUCUUGCGUUUAGUGCGUGAACUAAAACUAAAGCCAAUUUACCCAACCUGGAAGUCACCCACUCCAAUAUGGAGACACUGUUGGCGUGUCUGGCUUAGCACACUGAGGCAUCUACCAUUUUCAUAUCUGAUUUUAAAUGUAAAUAAAAUCCACACAAACUAAA